GCGGCGGAGGCCGGGCGGGCGGUAGAAGCGGAAGCGGACGGGCGCGGCGAUGGCGGCGGCGGGCAUGGGGCAGCAGUGGGUGCUGGUGGAGAUGGUGCAGGCCUUCUACGAGGCUCCUGCUUACCAUCUCAUUUUGGAAGGUAUUCUAAUUCUAUGGAUAAUCAGACUUCUUUUCUCCAAGACAUACAAGCUUCAAGAGCGAUCUGAUCUAACACCUAAGGAAAAAGAAGAGCUGAUUGAAGAAUGGCAGCCAGAGCCUCUUGUACCUCCUGUACCGAAAGAUCACCCAGCUCUCAACUACAACAUUGUUUCAGGUCCUCCUACCCAUAUAAUCACUGUUAAUGGCAAGGAAUGCAUAAACUUUGCAUCAUUUAACUUUCUUGGACUUUUGGAUAAUGAAAAGGUUAAGAGUGCGGCCCAGGCAUCUCUGAAGAAAUACGGUGUUGGCACUUGUGGACCUAGAGGAUUCUAUGGUACUUUUGAUGUGCACUUAGAAUUAGAAGAACGACUAGCAAAAUUCAUGAGGACAGAGGAAGCUAUUAUAUACUCAUAUGGAUUUGCAACAAUUGCCAGUGCUAUUCCUGCAUAUUCAAAAAGAGGGGACAUUGUGUUUGUAGAUGAAGCUGCUUGCUUUGCUAUUCAGAAGGGAUUACAAGCAUCUCGUAGUAACAUCAAGUUAUUUAAGCAUAAUGAUAUGGCUGACCUUGAACGACUGUUGAAAGAACAAGAGACUGAAGAUCAAAAGAAUCCUCGCAAGGCCCGUGUAACUCGAAGGUUUAUUGUUGUGGAAGGAUUGUAUAUGAACACGGGAGACGUUUGCCCUCUUCCAGAAUUGAUAAAAUUGAAAUAUAAAUACAAAGUUAGAAUAUUUUUGGAGGAGAGUCUUUCCUUUGGAGUCCUUGGAGAACAUGGAAGAGGAAUUACUGAACACUUUGGAAUAAAUAUUGAUGAUAUAGAUCUUAUUAGUGCAAACAUGGAAAAUUCACUGGCUUCCAUUGGAGGAUUUUGCUGUGGAAGAUCUUUUAUUAUUGACCAUCAGCGAUUGUCUGGUCAAGGCUACUGCUUUUCUGCAUCCCUACCUCCUUUGUUAGCUGCUGCUGCUAUUGAGGCUCUAAAUAUUAUGGAAGAUAAUCCAGACAUUUUUCAGACUCUCCGGGCUAAAUGCGAACGAAUUCAUAAAGCUUUACAGGGGAUCUCUGGCUUAAAAUUAGUGGGAGAAUCUUUUUCUCCAGCAUUGCACCUACAGUUGGAAGAGAGCUGUGGAUCUCGAGAAAAUGAUGUGAAGUUACUCAAAAGAGUUGUGGAUUAUUGCAUGAAUAGUGGUAUUGCCUUAACUCAGGCCCGCUAUCUGGAGAAAGAAGAAAAGUGCCUUCCUCCACCCAGUAUUCGAGUAGUGAUAACAGUGGAACAAACAGAACAAGAACUGGACAAAGCUGCAUCACUUCUUAAGGAAGCUGCACAGGCUGUAUUGAAUUAGACUGCUGUUUUGGAUUACUCUUUCCCCAGAGUAUCAGGAUAGGUGUUUAACACUGUAUAGUGACUUCACUUCAGAUAUUCAAGUUCUUCCACUGAUAGCAUAGAAACCUGACUGAGUAACAAGAUUGUCCCAGAACAGUACAAGUGCAGUGAGGGGAAGAAUGCUGAAUUUUGGAACUGGUGAAUGACACAGUGUACUCGCAAUUUAAGCUCCACCAUUUACCUCCAUUCCUUAAAAUGGGAUAUCAUUCUUGCAUACAGGACUCUUUCAUAAGUUGCAUCUUAAAAAGUUUUAAAUUUAUUUCUUCAAAUCCUUAAACAUUUUCAAAAAUGUAUAUGAACAUUUAGUUUUCUCCCAAAACAUCUAAAAUGUAUCGCUCCCCCCAAACGAAGGCAGUUCCUAAUACUGCCAAAAGGGAGAAGAUAACAUAAUUAAGAGAUAAUUUUGUGCUAUAUUACGUAACUUAUUAUUGAAUUAUAGGAGGAACUUCAGUUCUUUUUUGUUUGUAUCUUUCUUUAACCAUUUUGGUCAGCCAGCUUUUAAAAAUGCCUGGCCAGAGAAUACCAUCAUCUAAAUGGUAAAUUCAUAUUAAAUAUGACUUUCUUCCUGCAUUUCAUAUGUAAUUAUGUGCAUGUUUGAUAUUAUGGGCGAGGGUUUUCAUAUUAUUAACUUUAAAACAUUUAAACUGAAACCUCUGACUUGUGAAACUGGUGUAAUUCCAUUAUAGUAUGGUUAGUCAGGGGGGCUUUGCACCAGUCUUGAAGAGGAAUCAUAAGCAAAAUGAAGAAUAAACCAAGGUUUUGAAACAGCAACUAAAUACUAGCUUAGUCAAACUACUUUGAAGUACUAAAAAGGCGUAUGCUAACUUUUAUCUCUAAACAGCUGCACCUUAGAGGGAAGGGCUCACAGAUAGCUAAUUAGAGUUUAGAUGGUACAAAUACUACUGAAAUACAAUUCAAUAUGUGCACAUAAAACCCCCACGUAUUUGGCUAGUAAUGAUUGGAUGUUAUGCUGUCAGGAUUUUCAGUAAGCAUAGAUGGACAUUAUGCAGAUGGACACACUACACCAAUCAUAGAAAACUGCUAAGGAAGGAUGACAGUAAGCUGUACCUUUUUAAAAAACAAAACCUAGCCAUGUAUUUCAGGAUUUUGCUUUAAGAACGCCCAUUUUAAAAUUUUAUAUUCUGCCUGAUCUGUAUUCUGGGUUAUUUUGUACUUAUGUGCCUUUUUGGUUGCUGCUACAAGGACUACAGGACUAUUUCUGAGAAACAUCAUUGUUUAAAUAAAAAUUUAAUCAUGUUUGUUUCAGAUUUUUAUUUCUUAUAUAGUUACAUUUUGUAGCAUGAUCAACCAUAUUUUGUUGAAUAUUCUGCAUCAGAUAAGCAUAGUGUGUCGCCUCUUUCAGUUCAAAGUGACUGUCUCUGCACUGAUUUUCAAAACUUCUCACCUGUGUACAGUCAGAUAAACCGUCCAAAGUUGUGUUGGGGCACUUUUGUGAUUGUUGCUUGACUAUUUGAAAUAGUCUAAUCAUCAUGUGCAAUGUGCAAUGUAGAGAAACCUUCAUCCCACUGUGAAAGAGUAUUCCUGUUUCACUGACACUUAUGUUUUUCACAAUUAACUGUGAGUAAAAGCCUGUGAGAAACCGACAAUUUAGAAGAACAAAAAUGUGGGGAAGGAAGCCGAUUCCCAUUUUACAGACUGGAACCAAAGUGCGGAACAGUCAACCUUCUCAAGACCUUCGGAGAUUGUGAGAAAUGGAAAUUAAAAUUUACCGCUAUACUUCAAACUUCUGAGCCAUUUUUGGUUUGAUAAUUGAAACCUGAAUAUUCAAGUAAACUCAAGCUUUUGAUGUAGAAGCUGGGAACAAAAGAGGUACUUGGAUUCCAGUGCAGCGUAAUAAAUGGUUUUAGAGUUCAAGGUAAACCUGUGAAGGUAAGCAAAUCACCAGUUAGCAUUGAAAUACUAGGUUGUGGAAUCUAUUUCACUUUUUGCAUUUUGUUUUAGGUUGUCUGCAAGUGGGGGCAAUUUUUUUGUUUCAGUUUUGAGAACUAGCAAUCUUUAGAUGCAUGGGUUUUGUGGGUUUUGGUUGUUGCUUUAAAAUGAAGUGGUAACACCUAAAUUGGCAGGAAGCAGCAUGGAUUUUCUGACAGUUUCAAAGCUGCGGUUCUGAUGAAACAAAAGUUCAAGUACGUUACUAAGAGAUACUAUCAUCCGAUUCAUUUGGCAAACACAUAGGCAGCAUUAAAACACCAGUAAAACCGCCUUGUCCAUUUUUGUUGUUUAUAAGUGUAUAGAAAAGAAGCAUUUAAGUCACAGUAAAGUGAACACCUUAUGGGUGAUAGCAGUUAAAGUACUAUUAUAAUGUGUCUUUUAAUGACAGGUUAUAUACGUGGUCUCUGUGAGGAAUUAAGACACUUAUGAGAUUUAGCUGAUGGAGAGAGGUAUACCUGGUCAAGUUAAGCAUGUCUGUCCCUCUUUAUUUUGGCUUUUUUGAUAAACGUCUCUGACAUGGCAGACAGAUGAAGGGAAGGACAGCUCUGGGGAAAAAAGUUGGUUGGGGUUUGGGAGACAGCAAGUGAUUCUCGUUAAACUUUUGACAUUUAAAAAAUCAGAAGCCUGUUAAGGUGCUUAAAUUCUCAGUGCUCUAGGCUGAAAAAUAUAUGAACAAGGCUGUUUUAGUUGCUUUGUGGUUGUUUGUAUGAAGCGGGACUUUUUCAUCCUCUUCUUCAGAUGUGGGAGCUAGGCUGGGGGUCUUAGUAAAUAAGUGGAAAGCUAUUCAGCAGGAUACCGUGAGGUGAAUGAAACACAUAAGGGCCUUAUCCUGAACUUCAAAGUUUCUAUUGAAAACAAAUAUGUGGAUUUUUAAUUCGAAUUCAACUAACUUAGGUAUUUUGCCCUGCCAGGUAUUUGGAACAGAGUUUCAGCUAAGUGGAAGCAUCAGGAUAAGAAAUAGUGAUCAAAAAUAAAUGUUAAUUUUUUUUUUCUGAAGAUUGGUAUCUGGUAGUUGAGAAGGAAUGCAUUUUAACUGUAAUAAGGUGGACAUUUAUUGAAAUUGUCCAGAUGAAAGCAAUUGUUUGCAAUAUGUGGGGACUGGGAUGGACUGGAAAGAAUGUAUACUUUUAAGGUAUUUUGGCUUGGAGAAACAUGCCUACAUGAUAUAUAUAUUCUUUUUUUUAAACAGAUCUAUUUUUCUUGAAUACUUAAAAAUAAUUGAUUGUUAUUUGUGUAGAUUCAUUGCUUUUAUAGGAAAACCUACAGAUGCCUUUUCUGUUUACUAUAGUAAUCAUUUUUUAAUAGGAGGUGAAAUGCAUAAGGAGAGUAUUAAGAAAGAGAGGGAGGUAUGGCUGAAUAACUUUGAUUAUUUUUUUUCUCUUUUGAAAUAUGAUCCCAGUCACUGCACAGAAUGGUGUACUGUCUCCUUUCUGUCACUCCAUCUGGACUUUAUUAUUUUAAACAGGGUGGUGGGUGUGUUGGCAUUCACUGGUCUAUGAAGUUGCUACCGCAAAAGUGUCUUGCGUCUUUAAGAUGACUUGAGAAAUGUACAUGAGCUGUAAAUGCUGCUUAAACAGAGGAAAUAUUUACCACUAACACUAAGAAUUUUUAUAUUAAACUGUUUCAGUGUCCUAAUAAAAGCAAGUGUCUGGAUAACA